AUGUCUGUGCCUAAUUUCAUCACCGCCCAUGAAUUUGAAGGCGGACCCCCUGAAGGAUUGAGUCUCCCCAGGCGACUUCGAUGGUCAAAAACAAAUCCUCCAAAGGACCCGGCAGUGACCUUCAGGGGCAGAACGGUGCUUGUGACAGGCGCCAAUUCAGGACUAGGAUUCGAAGCAGCGGUCAAGUACGCCACACUUGGCGCGGACAAAAUCAUCCUGGCCGUCCGUUCCAUUGAAAAAGGCGAGAAGGCCAAAGAGCGCAUCAUCGAGCGGACUGGUCGAGAUGCCACUGUUUUCUCCGUUCUAAAACUCGACCUGGGGGAAUACUCAUCGGUCAAGGCUUUUGUAAGCGCCCUGCAGAAGGUCACAAUCAAGCUAGACGUGGCUUUACUCAACGCCGGUCUCGGCAACCCGACAUAUGAAAAGUCAUCGGCAGAAUGGGAGAUGGCCGUACAGGUGAACGUCCUUUCCACGGCCCUCUUGGCCAUGUUAUUACUGCCUCUACUUCAAUCAUCUGCGUCAGCCUCAGAAGCAAAGUCUCAUUUGACCUUUGUCAACAGUCACGCGCACAACAUGGUCUCCAGGGACUUCCCGCUCAUCGAAGAGAGCAUCCUCAAGACGGCCAAUCACGAGAGCAGUUGGAAUGCUUCCAAAAGCUACAGUCUUGUCAAGCUACUCGCCAUGGCCGUGAUGCAAGCUUUUGCACGUAUGGAGUCUGAAAAGGAGCCACAGCGGGUCAUCGUGAAUUCCGUAUGCCCAGACCUGUGUGACACCGAUCUAGGUCGCAAAUGGACAGGCUUUAUAUCAAAAAUUGGAAAAAUCAUUUUCUACUAUUUAUUUGCUCGCUCUGCCGAGGAGGGUGCACGAUCCCUGGUCAGUGCAACGGCUUUGGGUACUGAGAGUCACGGGCGGUUUUGGCAUCACGACUUUUUAUAUCCAUUCGGUGAGCUUGCCCAAGACCAUGGUCUUAUGAAAACGACGUGGGAUGAGAUUGUAGAGGCGAUCAGUCAAGACCAGCCUGAAAUGUUAAAGUUGUGUGCUACAGGUUGA